UGUUUUUAUGAUAUUUACUGUAUAUUUUGAAGGGUGCGUCUGAAUGUGUGACAUCCCAACUGUAUAUAAAGACAAUCUGUGCCAGUCUCAGCGGGGUAGAAAGGUUUCUUGACUCAACGACAAAACGAAGAUCAUGGAGGUCACAUCUCAGCCGGCUCCAUUUGCUCCCAGAGACUUCCACACAGGCCUGACGAGCUGCUGUGAAGACACGAGCGUAUGUUGUUAUGGCUGCUUCUGCCUCCCUUGUUUGGGCUGCUCCAUCGCCAGCGACAUGAAUGAGUGCUGCUUAUGUGGUUUAGGCAUGCCCAUCCGGAGCGUGUACAGGACUAAAUACAACAUACAGGGAUCCAUGUGCAAUGACUUUUGCGUGGGUAACUUCUGCACGCCUUGUGCAGCCUGCCAGAUGAAGAGAGACAUUGACAUUAGAAAACGUACAGGACAGUUCUGAGCAACCUUACAAGAAAUAAAAGCCCUGAACGUAGUUUUUGCAAAUUGUUCUAUGUUCAUUUAAUCUUUCAGUCAAUCUUCAGUACACUAUCAUCUAGUUCUUGAUUAUCGCCCUUUGGAACUAAAUGAAAAUCAUAUUAUAUAUGCAAAUACUUUAAACUUAUCAACUUUAUGGCUUCACAUGCAGGCUGUUAUGAGCAUCACAUUGAUAACAGUUUUGUACCACGGCCGUCCUGUUACUCAGUAUGGGCAUGCUUCCAGAUUAUUUUUUUAUUAUAAAGGUGCAGUUAAAUCAGUUUUUUUGGUUUUGUAGAUUAGAAAGAUCAUUACAUUGUAGACAUGCAGUGGCGUGUUAUUAGUAGUCAUGUUAUUGUCAUGCAAUAGCCUAUAUUGUCUUGUAAAUGCCUUACUAGAGUAAAGCUUCAUAAAGUCUUCCCAACGGAAUAAAUAAAAUACAAAAAUGUAGAAAAAAUA